GAGCCUCCUGGGAGACGUAGUCCUUGGCGUGCGGGAGAGCCAUAGGAGCGCCUGGGAGAAAGGCGGCAAAGAACUACAGCGGCCGACGGGCGUGGGCGGCGGACCGAAGCAGGAAGCGGCUCCUUGCGCUGGGGUGCGCACGGGGCACAGUGCUCGGAGGCGCCCGGUCACCGGCAGCGCUGUGGGCGGGUGCUCUUGCUCGCGAGGAUGCACCCCGGUUUGGCCCUGGGGUUGGUCUUCAGCGGGUGUUGCAGCAACGUGGUUUUCCUGGAGCUCCUGGUCAGGGAAUUUCCAGGAUGUGGAAACCUUGUCACGUUUGCACAGUUCUUAUUCAUAGCUGUGGAGGGUUUCAUCUUCGAAGCCAACUUUGGAAGGAAACGACCUGCAAUCCCAAUCAGGUACUACUUGAUCAUGGUGGCCAUGUUCUUCACAGUCAGCGUGGUGAACAACUAUGCCCUCAAUUUGAAUGUAGCGAUGCCGCUGCAUAUGAUAUUUAGAUCGGGAUCUUUGAUAGCGAACAUGGCUCUGGGCAUCAUUAUCUUGAAGAAAAGGUACAGUAUCUUCAAAUACACGUCCAUAGCCCUGGUGUCUUUGGGGAUCUUCACCUGCACCUUCAUGUCUGCAAAACAAGUGACGUCCAUGUCGAGCACAGGUGAAGAUGAAGAUGGUGUCUCUGCUUUCCUUUGGUGGCUGCUAGGUAUUGCUGCACUGACCUUCGCCCUCCUCAUGUCAGCUCGGAUGGGGAUUUUCCAGGAGACCCUCUAUAAAGAAUUUGGCAAGCACUCCAAGGAAGCCCUCUUCUACAAUCACGCACUCCCCAUCCCUGGCUUCCUGCUGCUGGCUCCUGAUAUCUACAGGCAUGCAGUGUUCUUCAGCCAGACUGAACUAUUCCAAGUCCCUGUGAUUGGACUGAGCUUGCCCAUAAUGUGGUUCUACCUCCUCAUGAACAUUAUAACUCAAUAUGUGUGCAUCCGAGGCGUCUUCAUCCUGACCACAGAGUGCACAUCACUGACAGUCACUUUGGUGGUGACAUUGCGGAAAUUCAUCAGCCUUAUCUUCUCCAUUCUGUACUUCAGGAACCCCUUCACCACCUGGCACUGGACAGGCACCAUUUUGGUCUUUGUGGGGACUCUGAUGUACACAGAAGUUUGGAGCAACUUGAGGCCUCUGCUGGACUCGAAAGAAAAGAAAGAUGGGAAGAAGCAGGAGUGACUGGAAAUACCCCCCAGAAAGCUCCUGGCUUCUGCACUGGAAAAAAGAACUUUUUUAAAUCAAUGUUUUUGUAGGGUGCAGAGCAAUAGAUGAUACCUUCUCAUGGAAGUGUGGUGGGGGUGGGGGGGACUGUUUUUGUAAUACAAAAAUGGCUGAUCUUGGCUAUGCCAAGCAGAUGAAGAAGCCUGCUUUAGUGGGGAAACCUGAUGGGGUCCCUGAAGUAGCAGACAGAACUCCGACAAACCUGCCAUGGUUUUGCACAAGACUGGUCUGAUAAUUGUCCCAUGUGUCAGGGCUACACAGCAGCUGUGUGCUCAGUGAACAGUGAUGGUUAAGCUGUGCGGUUCACACAGCAAAGAAUUCAGGGUAAACUUUUUCCUAGGCCUUAUGAUGUGGCUGCCAUCUUGGAAAAAACCCUGAGAGCAUAAAUGGGUUAGCCCAAAUUAACCACGUCCCAAAUGUUAACCUGGUGAAAGUUACCACACAUACAUGUAUACUGUGUGUGUUUUCUGUGGUAAAUGUGUUCCCCUGCAGCCUUGUGGAGUGAGCACUGGGGUUCACUGUGCCCGGUAGAGUUACUGACUGGGAUUUACUCUGUUUUGGUGAAUAAUCCACUGCACAAAAGCUUGUGUUGAGUUUCCAUCCUGAAGUAACAUUGUGAAUAUAAAGGUAUAAGUAUAAUACUGUUGGCCCUGGCUUGUGUGGAGACCCACACAUCUCUAGGUGUUUUCCUUUACUCACAUCCCUCACACUCCAAUUUUUUGGAAGUUGGGUGUUGAUGGAAGGAGUGUGUAGCUAACUAGAGAAGAUGCCUUUUUCUAAAAAGGAGCGUUGAAUGAUGUGAGCUCCUCGCACCCCACAGUCUGAUAUGGUACAGCCCGAACUGAAACGGCUCAGACACCGGGUUUACCAUCCCAAUGAGAACAAGGCCCAAUUUUGGCCUUGUGGAAGCAGAUUUUAUUCGGCUUUUUCAGUGUACGUGUUCUAUAGUAGUUUAGAAGGAUUGUGCUGGGCUGCAAGGAAUUGAAGAUCACAAGUCUAGAUGGUUGUUGGGCAUCAGUCAGGAUAGAAAUUUUUAUUUGGGCAAGCUUAUUUCUUGGCUUCAGUGCUCCUUCAUUUUAUACCAUGGUUUCUCAAACUGGGGUCUCAGAUGUGUUGGACUACAACUCCCAUCAUCCCCAGCAACAACAGCCUUUGGCUGUUGUGGCUGGGGCGGGUGAUGGGAGUUGUAGUCCAACAUAAUCUAGGGCCCAAAUUGAGAAGCCGUGGUUUACAUCUUUGCCCUGCUUCCCCCCCAGUAAGAGAUUGAGUUUAGGCUUGUCCACAAAAGUAGAUCAGUGGAUGAUCUGUAAUAAUUUUUGAUGAUAAUUGUUUUAGAUAGUACUGUAUUGUUACUUCAUUGCCUGUUGUGGGCGAAACAGGAUUCCACCCCAGUUUACAUAAAUCUCUUUCGAUUACCAUGCAUAUUCUGGUGCCCCAAACCCCUGGUUCACAUUCAUUUUGUCCCAUAGACUGUUGUUUUUCAGUGGGCCUCCCAGUUUCAUGCAGCAGGUGGUUGCCUUUUUAGAGGGAUGCCAACGUGGUCCUUCUAAGGGUUGUCCUUGCACCCUAUUUCCCUGACACUCCUGUGUUUCAAAAUUGGCCAUAUUUUGCACCACUGAUGAAUGUAUUAUUUUCUCAAGUUAACUACUUCUCCUGAUUUAUUUUCUGCAACAGUCCAGGAGAGCCUUUGGGCAGUAAACUAGAAAUCACAUUGGACACGGGACUGCCGCUAAGAACAGCAUCCUUGUGUCUGCUUCUUUCCUGCAUUGUCUAGGAGUGCUCAUGGUGUGAAGAGACCCAGUGCUUUUAAUUUCCCUGCUUGCCGCCACCUCCCCCCCCAUGUCAUUGACUGGCAUUGUCAGGGAAAUACACAGCACGGUGACGUCAUGUCAUGUGGUAAGUUGUGCUUAACAUUCAGGGAGGAGGGGAGGUAAAAGUUGGGGAUGCCAUUUUCAGUGACAGCCUCGUGUCUGCCAUCUUGUCUGGCACCCACCUUAACUAUAACACUGCAUACAAUGCAUGAGAUAAAAGUGAAACUGCCAGCAGUCUACUAUAACAGAAACUAUCUAUUUGGAUAUUCCAACAAUGCCUAAAAAAUUGAAGCAUGAGACAUUUCCUGCUUCCCCUUUCCUUGGCAUUGUCACAUCCAACACCGCUCUCAGUCUGUCUGUAUGUCUAUCCUGUUCUCUAAACCCGACAAGGAAGGCCUUCAGUGGUAGGUAGGCAGGCCACCAAUAGGCAGGGCCACCUAGCAGCAACACUUGAAUGGUCCCGUUGACUGCUGUGGCUUGUUACUUUUUUCAGAGCGGGGUACCCAAGCUUGAAUCUCUAGAUGCUGUUGGAGUACAACUUCCACCAUCCCUAGCUACAAUGGCCUUCUGCUGUUGUGGUUGGGGAUGAUAGGAGUUGUAGUCUAACAUCAUUUGAGGACAAAGUCAGGCACCCCUACUCCAGAGCAUGGAUUGUGUCCUGUUAGUGUUUCUUGGAGAGGAUAAUGCCCACAAUCUGCUUCUGAAAAGGGCUUUUGUAGUCUAUUCUUUAAGGCAAGGGUUCUCAACCUGCGGUAGUCCUGAUGUUGCUGAACUACAACUCCUAUCAUCCUCAGCUACAAUUUAUUGUGGCUAGGGAUGUGGGAGUUGUGGUUCAGCAGCAUCUGGACUACCACAGGUUGGGAAUCCAUGCUCUAAGGUGUGUGUAUAUAAGCAUGUUUUCACAAGCAAGUUACCUCAGGGGUAACUUUCAGAACAAUUCACAAGUGUACACUGUCCAAGCAGGAAGCACACGGGCUUGGUUCAGACAUAAUGGCUAAUCGUGGUUUGGCAUUUCUUGAAGGAGCCUUGCGCUCAUAAGCUUCCCCUCACCUCAUGCACUCCAGUUCCCUCUUGCACUUCCUCUUUUGCGGCAAACCAUGCUUGGAAACCAGUUUCUGUGCCUUCCAGCUCUGGUUUGCAGGUAAGCCAUGGUGUGCUGAAGAAGAGGAAGUAUAGGAGGAAUUCAAUUGUGUGAGGGAUGGAGGGAGCACACCAUUGUUUCCUCUAACAGGGAUUCUCAGAUGUUGUUGACGACAACUCCCAGAAUCCCCAAGAAAAAGCCAUUGCAGCUGGGGAUUCUGGGAGUUGUGGUCAACAACAUCUGGGAAUCUCUGUUAGAGGGAAUACUGGAAUGCACAAGCCUGAGACUUGUUCAUACCACCUCAGUCAUGGUUAGCUGUUAUUUCUCAAGCAAGUCUGUUGUCUGUUUGCUGAGGUGUAGGGGUGUGCAAAACGUUUCGACGUUGAAACAUUUCGACUUGAAACAGGCUGUUCUGAGUGUCUUGAGCUCAAAACAAAAUGCCCUUUAAAUAAAGAGUCUGUUUUGAGCUCAGAACAAAACAACCCUGUUUCGAUUAAAAGUCUUUCAACAUUUUGAGCGCCAUUUUGGAGGCCUGUUUUUCCCUUGCUGACUGGUUUUCUGGCACUGGCUUGCAAUCCUAUGGGGGUUUGGGGGAAAGGUUAAAAAUGUGUUUAAAAUCGCCUGCUUACCCAUUUCUUUUGUGGGUUGGGUGGUAGGUAGCAUCCAUCAUGCCCUACCACCUAACCCACUUUGGUGUCCCUAGGAGCUACCUAUGAGGAACAAUGAGGUGUUUUGAGUUUCCCCAUUCUUCCCUGUGGUUGAAACAUUUCCAGUUUUGUUGCAUCAAAACAACCAGACCGACCACUGUGUCAAUGAAAUGUUUCGUCCGUCUGUGUUUUGUUUUGAGCUCGCAACAAAACAAAAUCUGUUUCAUGCACAUCCCUACUGAGGAGCAACAUAUAUAUGCCCAGAGAAUGUGUAUUGCUCUGAAAGUCACCCCUGAGGUAAAUGCUGUUGUCCAAAUAUACUUCUAAGUACGUAAAACAGACCCUGGUUACAUUGGAACCAAGCCAUUCCAUCAAUGGGACAAACAUUUCCCACAUCAUGCUGGAAAGACCUCUCCAUUUCUAGGAUUUACCUUGCAGAAUGCUGCCAUUCUCCCCGCCAACAGAAUUGGCGAAAUAUCUAAACAGAAGCACAGGGAAAGUCAUGGGUUUUGCCCUUACAAGCACAACUUCCUGCUAAAGAAUUCUGAGAGUUUUAUGGAGGGGUCUAGCAUGUCACUUCCACAUUUCCCAGGGUUAUUUUAGAGGAAGCCUUGUCAGUUCAGGAUUUCAGAAUUAUUUUUUUCCUGACUUCAGAAUUAGUUAGUUAGUGAUGUGCAUGUUUCCCAAAGUCUCUGAUCUGGGGCAAGAGAGAGACCAAUCCAGUGUUAGAUUAGCAGUUACUCCCAAAGUGUGGUUUGAUUCUGAAAUGACAAUUCAUGCUUGAAAUUUCACUAAGUUGAGACACUGACCUUCAGCGACAGAAUAAGCUGUGCUAAUGCAAGGCAUCUGUGAAGUUGGUUUCUUAAUCAAAUGGUAUUUUAAACUGGAGAGAAGUUCUAAAAGUAUCCAGUUUCUGUCCUAAAGAGGGGUCCAGUUCAUUUGGUGCAGGGUUAGGAGGGAGUGCUCAUUUUCCUGUUACCUUAUUUGGAAAAGCCGUGAAAUUUCUUCCUACAAUAGCUAUGAAAGGUGCAGGAUCCCAACUUGGACAGUUUCUGACAACUUCAUUAGUAACAACUUGUACAUAUACAGAGUGUUUAAAUAAUGUGUAGCACCUCAUGCUGAUCAUUUAUUCUGCUCUUAGUACACUUGGAUGUAUGUAAUUUUUUUGAGGGGGUGUAUAUUAGACUUUGUUUAAGUGUCCUCUAUGUUUACACAUAUUUAUACAUAACUCCAUGUUUACAAGCCAGUCUGAGCAAUACAUAACCAAGAGAUUGCUUUUCAUUCUUGUAUUGAGCAUCCAUCUGUUCAUAUGUUGAAUGUUGGCAAAUGCUGGAGGAAGCUCCCAUGUCUGUGUAUCCCAGGAAAUGCCUCUUCUUGUAUGCUAUAGUAUUAUGUACAUCAGAUUGGUGUACAGAGGAGCUGUUGCUGGCCUUUUUGGAUGCCACACUUCUUUUAGGAAUCUGCACACAUGUGUGCAUGCACUGCUGAUACGGACAAGAUUGAUCUCCAUGUAUGCCAGUUUCCGGAACAGACUUUGAUGCCUGCGGAAGUAUAGCAUGCAAACAGUGUUGCACCUGUAUCUGCCUCUACUGUUUGCAUGUCCUUAUUAUACCGUCUAUUUGCUCACAUAUGCUAUAUCGUAAGUUGAUGGAACGCCUGAGCUUGGAGUGUUGUCAGUUGCUAUGAUCAGCCGCUGCUUAGAGUCCUCCCGAUAGCCUUGCAGUUUAGUUGAGUAACAUAGCCCUACAUCAGUGGUUCUUAAAGUCCGGCCCCCAAAUGUUGCUGGACUAUAACUCCCGUUCACCUGGGCCACUUUGGCUGGGAAUGAUGGGAGUUUUAGUCCAAUACCUGGGGACCAAGGCUGAGAACCUCUGCCCUAUGAAGUCAUACCAGGUUCCGCUAUGUGGGGAAGAAAGGAAAUGGUGCUCGCUGGGCUCUCUACUACCUGAAGAGGAAAAUGGGUCUGUCUACAUUAUUUCAUUGCUAGAGGCCCCCCUCUCAAAAACAAAACAAAAACCACCACAAUCCUUAAGUAAUUAGAACUGUAUACCUUUCUAUUAGCUAUGCUUUCAUAUAAGUUUCAUGGCUGCUUUGGGAGAGCUAUAGUCUAAUGGGUUUGUGACUGAAGUGUAGACAUGAUUGAAGCGAGGAAGAAACAGCUUCAUUAGACACUGGAAAAUGUUAUCAGUGAUGAAACAAACAUGGAGGCAUGUGGAGAGUCGGAGACUAUGUAAUCUUUUUGCUUACUGGAAAUGGGGAGGCAUUUGUAUGGUUAAAUAAAUAACUUGACUUCA